AUGUCGGAACCAUCUAAAGCUCAAAUUGAUGAGAUCUUCAAAAAGCUCACUUCUCAACGAGCGAAUAAAAUGUGCUUUGAUUGUAAAGCUAAAAAUCCUUCUUGGUCUAGCGUUACCUUCGGCAUAUAUCUCUGCUUAGAUUGUUCUUCCGUACACAGGAAUCUUGGGGUCCAUAUCAGUUUUGUGAGAUCCAUAGCACUGGAUUCUUGGACAUGGGAUCAAUUAAGAAUUAUGAAAAUAGGUGGUAACGCUUCCGCCCUAGAAUAUUUCACAAAAAAUGGUGGUGGUUUUUCGUUAAAUAGCAAAGAUGCAAAAUUAAAAUAUACAUCUCGUGUGGCCUUAAAAUAUAAAGAUGAACUUAUUAAAAGGUCUAAUGAAGAUUCUAAAAAAAAUCCUGAUUUCGAGAUUGUUGAAGAGGAACAACAAGCUUCAACCAAAUCUGAAGACUUUUUCGAUACAUUUGACAAAGAAACAGUAGAAAAACCUACAUCAACAGAAGAAAUAACUGUUACUGCGACCACAAACAAGCCUUCUAGUCCUAAUAGUCAUAAAGUGAUAAAGCCGGUUUCUACAGCAAGGUCAAACAUUACUGCUCGUGGGAAAGGUCAAAAAAAAUCAAAAAUGGGUUUAGGAGCAGUAAAACUUCAAAAGGUUGAUAUCGAAUUAGCAGAACAGCAAGCCAAAGAAGAAGAAGAAUUAGUUAAACAACAGUCACAGAAUGAAGAAGAAUCCGACUUAAACAAACCGGUAGAACGAUGGUCAUUCAGUUCUCGUUUAGUAUAUAAUGAUGGAUCGCAAUCACCAGGAGGAAACCAAGAAAUAAAUAACAACCGUCUUAGUGAUGAAAUUGAAAGACUUGGUAUGGGAGUUUCGAGAUUGGGAUUCGGAAGUGUUAGUGGAACCACAACGAAAGCUGAAGAAACGACCACUUCGCGAUUCAUCGGAUUUGGAUCAACUGGCAAUACAAAUUCAAAUACUGAUUACGCUCGUCAAAAAUUCGGAAGCCAAAAGUCAAUUUCUUCAGAUCAAUAUUUUGGCCGCAAUCAGUAUGAUCCUGAUGCUGUUUCAGAAGCAUCCGAUCGAUUGAGGCAAUUCGAAGGGGCAACAUCUAUAUCUUCUAAUCAAUACUUUGGACGAGAGGAAGAAGCUUCACGGCGUGAAAAUUUAGAUAUUGGAGGAUUUGAGGUUAAUGCACGUGAUUUCGCGCGAAAAUUCAUUGGACAAGCAGCAUCAGAUUAUGAAGCAAUUAAAGCAGUGGUUGAAAAAGGAGGUGAAAAAUUAAAAGAUUAUAUCUCAGAUAUACAG